UGGUGGGGAGGGAGGGGGCCCUGCAGGUCUCAAAAAAUGUGGAGUACUGGGCGUCUUGAAAUCUGGAAUCAGAAGCUGAGAGAGGUUGUGCAGCUGCAGCGUCGGACACAUGGAUUGGAGGGGAAUUCAAGAGACGAGAUUAGGGAAGUGGGCCAGGACCAGAUUACGAAGGUUUUAUCAUGGUGCAGAAGUCUGGGUUUAAUUCUGUGUAAACAGGUUCAGUAGUGUAAGCAGAUUCGUUCCUAGAAAUGUAACUAAAAGGUAAGUGGGAGUGUGGACUAAGGGCACUGGGUCAGCAGGAGUCAGAACUGGGGGCUUGGAAACCAGGAAGGCUGUCCUGUGUGUCCCAGCAGGAGGAGGCCAGGGGAUGGCCCCGUGCUUGGGUAGGAGGCAGGGGCUGGGUGCGCAGCUGAAGGUGGGACAGGAGGAAGCGGCGGUGUCAGCCCUGGAGAUGGGAGAUGGGAGAUGGGAGCUGCGCUGCCUCCGGGAGGGGAGGAGGCCAGGAGGGGAGCGCAUGGGCGGCUGCUGGCGGUGGCUUCCGUCUCCAACCUCCGGCACAGUGGCUGGUAGCAGAGGAAAAGCAUUGCUGAAUGUUGCAGUUUUACAUUUGUUUUCGCUUGCGGGAUGGAAGCUUAAGCCUUCGCCGGAAUUGAGGCAUGUUAAAAACAGAAUUCUUAAUUACAGAAAUCUUAACUUUCAUUGAUAUUGCCACAAAUCAUAGCAUUUCAAAUGACAUUUAAUUACAUUUUCAUAAAUGUAUAUAUUUGAGUAACUGAAACUUAAAAUAAUUUUGUCUUUUAACAUAAGUUGAGAUGGCAAGUAGCAAAUGCUAAUUUUACCAGAUUCGUGUUAAUUUUUAAAAAUAACCACUGGAGAAAUUGUUAUACAUCUUUAUUUACAGGAUUUUUACCUCCUAUAACUCCGCCAGAAAAGUUUUUUCUUUCCCAGCUAAUGCUGGCACCCCCAAGGGAACUCUUCAAAAAGACACCUCGGCAGAUCGCACUGAUGGAUGUCGGGAACAUGGGCCAGUCUGUGGACAUUAGCGGGCUUCAGCUAGCCUUGGCUGAACGCCAGUCUGAAUUGCCAACCCAGAGUAAGGCUAGCUUCCCCAGUAUUCUCAGUGACCCAGACCCAGACUCUUCUAAUUCUGGAUUUGACAGCUCCGUUGCCUCUCAGAUCACGGAAGCUUUAGUCAGUGGACCGAAGCCGCCUAUUGAAAGCCAUUUUCGGCCAGAGUUUAUUCGUCCACCACCUCCACUCCACAUCUGUGAGGAUGAGCUGGCCUGGCUGAACCCAACAGAGCCCGACCAUUCCAUUCAGUGGGAUAAAUCCAUGUGCGUUAAGAAUAGCACAGGUGUAGAGAUCAAGCGAAUAAUGGCCAAAGCCUUCAAAAGCCCCUUAUCUUCUCCUCAACAAACACAGCUCCUUGGUGAGUUGGAAAAAGACCCCAAACUUGUUUAUCAUAUUGGCCUCACGCCAGCCAAGCUUCCUGACCUGGUGGAGAACAACCCUCUCGUCGCCAUAGAGAUGCUGCUGAAGCUGAUGCAGUCCAGCCAGAUCACCGAGUACUUUUCAGUCCUGGUCAAUAUGGAUAUGUCUUUACAUUCCAUGGAAGUGGUGAACCGACUGACUACAGCUGUUGACCUACCUCCUGAGUUCAUCCACCUUUACAUAUCAAAUUGCAUCUCUACUUGUGAACAGAUUAAGGAUAAGUAUAUGCAGAAUCGUUUGGUGCGUCUGGUGUGUGUCUUUCUUCAAUCCUUGAUCCGUAACAAAAUCAUCAACGUGCAGGACUUGUUUAUAGAAGUGCAGGCGUUCUGCAUUGAGUUCAGUAGGAUCCGAGAAGCUGCCGGCCUUUUCCGGUUGUUGAAGACAUUGGACACUGGGGACACGCCUUCCGAGACCAAAAUGUCAAAGUAGUACCUCAUCAGCACCACCUGUUGUUCAGCUGUGCUGUGAUCUCAGUUUUAACUGUUAUAACCCUGAGUGGAUUUUUUGUUGUAAUACAUAUAAACAACACUUUAGCUACUUAAAGCAAAGUUUAACUUUCCUGGGUGACUUUUUCCUUCAGAAGAAUUUUUGGUAAGAACUUGAAAUAUGUCUUUAGGUGUCUUACAGAAGGAAUGGUUAUCCAAAGAAAGAUUAUUGCAAAAAAGUAGGUGAGGUCCUUAGCACUAAAAAGCAAGGUGUUUUUGUUAAAAUAAAUUGCAGGCUUCUGAUUAAGAAUCCAGCUUUCCUAAAGUUCCGAUGUUAAACGUAUUUAAUGAGAGAAAAUGACGACUAAGACUUUGCUGUACUGACCUUGAAGUGAAAUCAGUUGAAUGUUUUUGGGUCAAGUGGCAAACAAGGUUGAUCCUUGAACCCAUUACGAAGGUAACUCUUCUCAUUAAGCAGAGUUUGAACCAAGGACAUACUUGUAGCUUUAUCCUUUCUUGUUUUGAGGACUUAACAGAUAUAACAAGAAUAAAUUCAUUUCCUGGGCCUCUUAUAAACACGGGAAGUCUUAGAAACCUUGAUCAGGGUUAUAACAGCUGGUAUAGUUUUUUUUUUUUCCUCUCGAGAUGUUCUUUAGUUGUUACGAGUCUAGGAUAGUAAUUUUUGAGGAGAAACAUCGUCUGUACUUUGGGGAGGAAUCUCCAUGUAAAAUAAACUGCUUGCUCUGCUGGGGGUGCAGGUGCCGACCGAGAAGCAGGAGGGCAUCGUGUGGGCUCAGGACAACAGUGCCUUAUAUUAAAGUUUUUUAUAAACUCUA